AUGCCUCCCCCACCUCCAAAAUGGAAAGGGAAGUGUGAAUUUAACGGGACCUUGUGUAACAACAAGCUCAUUGGUGCAAGAAAUUUCUAUUCUGAUGGUAAACCCCCAAUUGAUGGCAAUGGGCAUGGGACACACACAGCAAGCACAGCUGCAGGAAAUCCUGUCCCAGGUGCAAGCUUUUUUGAUCAGUACAAUGGCACUGCAGACGGAGUCGAUGUGCUUUCACUAUCACUUGGAGGUCCAUCAGUUCCUUUCUACGAGGAUUCAAUUGCAAUUGGUGCAUUUGGAGCAAUUCAAAAGGGCAUUUUCGUGAGAUUGAUUAAUAAAGGUCGAGAAGUGAAGGACGCUGGUGGUGCUGCAAUGAUUGUCAUGAAUGAUGAGAUUUAUGGCAAUGUUACCACAGCCAGUCUCCAUGUACUACCGGCAUCACAUGUUACCUAUGCAGAUGGAUUGAGUAUCAAAGCCUAUAUAAACUCAACAUCAUCACCAAUGGCCACGAUACUUUUUAAAGGAACUGUUUUUGGUGUCCCCUCGCACCCUGACUGGUCACCUGCUGCCAUAAAAUCUGCAAUCAUGACAACCGCUAAUUUAACAAAUCUUGGAGGCAUGCCCAUUACUGAUCAAUUCUUUGUUCCAGUUGAUGUCUUUGGCAUCGGCUCUGGCCAUGUGAACCCAACGAAAGCAGAUGAUCCGGGGCUUGUUUAUGAUAUUCAACCUGACGACUACAUUCCUUACUUAUGUGGUCUUGGUUACAAUGACACGGCUGUAGGAAUCAUCGUUCAGCGCCCUGUGACCUGCUCAAAUAGUUCAAGCAUACCUGAAGCACAGCUAAACUAUCCUUCUUUUUCCAUAAAAUUGGGGUCUGGUCCUCAGGCAUACACAAGGACAGUAACAAAUGUCGGUCCUCUUAAAUCAUCUUACAUUGCUGAAAUCAUUUCACCACAAGGUGUUGAUGUUAAGGUAACACCUAGCGCGAUUGAAUUCGGCGGGGGCAGUUCGAAAGCAACAUAUUCAGUGACAUUUACUCGAGCCGCCAAUGUGAAGGUGCCAUUUGCUCAGGGAUACCUGAAUUGGGUUUCUGCUGAUCAUGUUGUUAGGAGCCCUAUUGCUUCAUCUUCUGUUACUCCGUCAACGACACCACACUCUCGUCCAUUACCAAUCCGUGAAGAUUGUUGGAGUGAAGAAGCUACCUCUACUCUUGUUGAUGCUUGGGGACGCCGUUAUCUCGAGCUUAACAGAGGCAAUCUCCGUCAAAAAGACUGGCAAGAUGUUGCUGAUGCCGUCAACGCGCUUCACGGCCAUACCAAGAAAACGUACCGUACGGACGUCCAAUGCAAGAACCGGAUCGACACCAUCAAGAAGAAAUACAAGAUCGAGAAAUCUCAUGUCGUUUCCUCCAACGGAACCCUGGCGUCGGCUUGGCCCUUUUUUGAACGGCUUGACGCUUUGAUUGGGUCCAAUUUUAAUUCAUCCGGUAAGAAACAUCUCUCACCGUCUCCUCCGGUGGCUCUUCCGCUGCCUCCGUCUUACCGGAGGACUCCUCAGGUUAGUUCUACUCCACCGCCGCAGCCGCCGGCUCUGGCGGUGGCUUUGCCGCAGAAGAGGCCUUUACCGGUGGACGAUGGUUAUUUUAGGAGGAAUUAUUCGGCAAUGGCAGCAGCAGCUGCGGCGGUGGAAUCUGAUAGUGAGGAGGAUGAAGAUGAGGAGUUUGAGGGAGGGGACGGAGAGAGAGCGGAGGAGGACGUGGAAGGAGAGGGGAUUAAGAGAUUGGCCCUUGCAAUAGAGAGAUUUGGGGAGGUUUAUGAGAGGGUGGAGAGCGAGAAGUUGAAGCAAAUGGUGGAUUUGGAGAAGCAAAGGAUGAAAUUUGCUAAGGAUUUGGAGAUGGAAAGGAUGAGGAUCUUCACCGAGACGCAGGUUCAGCUUGAGAAGAUUAAGAAGGGUUUCUUCCCGAAUACGUUUUACCGGUACUUCUACUGCGUGCAACAAUUAACUGCCUCAGAUGAUUUCUGGUUUCAAAAGAAGGAUGCUUUAUAUUGCUGUGCAGCCGCAGCUGCUGCUAUGAAUGUUAAUGCUUAUGGCUAUGUGCACCUCUUGCUCCAGAUAAUAUGCCGGCCAUCGUUCAUUUCCAUAUGCAAACUCUCUCUCCAACGCUACAUAAAUGUGUGCUUGGGUUUGUCCAUUGAUUCACAAUUUCAAUCAUUUUCUUGCUCUUUCUCUAGAAUGGAGAACAAUAGGUCUGAACUGUUGCCAACUAUGGUGAUUGCCUUUCUUGUUGGCUUCAUCUCCAUGUUUAGCUUCUCUCAAGCAUACACUGAUGAAGGGAAACCACUAAGAACUUCGGAGACUAGUCAAAAAGGCAAAUUUGAAACUUACAUUGUCUUUGUACAGAAGCCAGAGGGGGGGGUUUCUGCUGAUGACCUGGACGGCUGGUACAAGUCAUUUUUACCAGUUACAAUUCCUAGUUCAAACCACCAGGAACGCAUGGUGUAUUCUUACAGACAUGUCGCCACUGGGUUUGCUGCAAAACUAACAGCAGAAGAAGCAAAAGCUAUGGAAGAUAAGGAUGGGUUUUUGUCGGCAAAGCCCCAAAAGAUAUUAUCUCUACAAACAACUCACAGUCCAAACUUCUUGGGGUUGCAAAAAAAUUUAGGAUUUUGGAGGAACUCAACUUAUGGAAAGGGAGUGAUUAUUGGGGUUUUGGACACUGGAAUAUCUCCGGAUCACCCUUCAUUCAGUGAUGAAGGAGUGCCUCCUCCACCAACCAAAUGGAAAGGGAAAUGUAACUUCAACGGAACUGUUUGUAACAACAAACUCAUUGGUGCAAGAGAUUUUACUUCAUCGAAAGCUGCACCACCAUUCGAUGAAGUAGGCCAUGGGACUCACACGGCUAGCACAGCAGCUGGAAAUUUUGUAAAUGAUGCCAGUGUGUUUGGCAAUGCUAAUGGCACAGCGGUUGGAAUGGCGCCUCUGGCUCACCUGGCCAUUUACAAAGUCUGCUCUGAUUUUGGUUGUACAGAAAGUGAUAUAUUGGCUGCAAUGGAUGCUGCUGUUGAGGAUGGUGUGGAUGUGCUUUCGCUUUCCCUUGGUGGUGGCUCAGCUCCAUUUUUUGAAGAUUCAAUUGCAGUUGGAGCUUUUGGAGCAACUCAGAAGGGAAUUUUCGUUAGUUGUUCAGCAGGGAAUGAAGGUCCGUAUAGUGGUUCUUUAUCAAAUGAGGCCCCGUGGAUUCUCACUGUUGGAGCAAGCACAGUUGAUAGAAGCAUAAGAGCACAUGUGUUGCUUGGGAAUUCCAAUCAUUUUUUUGGCGAAUCCCUCUUCCAGUCAAAUUCACCUCCAUAUAUGAGUCUUGUUUAUGCAGGUGCUCAUGGUUCUCAAUCAGCAGCAUUUUGUGCACCAGAAUCAUUGACAGAUAUAGAUGUCAAAGGCAAGAUAGUUCUUUGUGAGAGAGGUGGUGGGAUAGCAAGAAUUGACAAAGGACAAGCUGUGAAGGAUGCCGGUGGUGCUGCUAUGAUUCUGAUGAAUGACAAGGAUAGUGGCUAUAGCACCUUAGCAGAUGCUCAUGUACUUCCUGCAUCACAUGUGAGUUACUCAGCUGGGUUGAGCAUCAAAGCCUACAUAAACUCAACACAGGUUCCAACUGCUACAAUCAUGUUUCUUGGAACUAAAAUUGGUGAUAAAACUGCCCCGACGGUUGCUUCAUUUUCCUCUAGAGGCCCAAGCAUGGCAAGCCCAGGCAUAUUGAAACCCGAUAUUAUUGGCCCUGGCGUGAGCAUCCUAGCAGCGUGGCCAGUUUCUGUGGAGAACAGGACAGAUAAGAAGUCCACAUUUAACAUUAUCUCAGGCACCUCAAUGUCUUGCCCACAUCUGAGCGGCAUUGCUGCUCUGCUGAAAAGUGCCCACCCUGACUGGUCUCCUGCUGCCAUCAAAUCUGCUAUCAUGACUACUGCUGAUUUAGUAAACCUUGGCAACCAGCCAAUCCUGGACGAGAGGCUUUUACCUGCUGAUAUAUUGGCCACUGGAGCAGGCCAUGUUAACCCAUCAAAGGCAAGCGAUCCGGGUCUUGUUUAUGAUAUCCAGCCUGAUGAUUACGUCCCUUACCUAUGUGGCUUGGGUUACCCAGACAGAGACAUAAGCUACAUCGUGCAGCGCCAAGUGAAGUGCUCAGAAAAGUCAAGCAUACUAGAAGCACAACUGAAUUAUCCUUCCUUUUCAAUCGUAUACGGGCCUAAUCCUGCAACGCAGACCUAUACCAGAACGGUAACAAAUGUUGGCCCUCCCAACUCAUUUUACACUGCCUUCGUCGAUCCACCACCAGGGGUAAACGUUACCGUGACACCUAAUAACAUUAUAUUCACUAACACGGAACAGACUGCAACAUACUCUGUGACUUUUACUGCAACAUCUGAGUCAAACAAUGAUCCAAUAGGUCAAGGAUAUAUCAGGUGGGUUUCAGAUAAGCAUUCAAUUAGAAGCCAAAUAUUGGUUUCUUUCUCCAAUGAAGAUUAGGUGCCGUACAAAAUGGCAGAGACAAAUCUCUGAUCAGCCAUGAAAACUCCUAUUAGGUCUGAUGAGUAAGUUAGUAUUCUAUUUCUAGCUGAAA